AUGCAAUCCACGCUCGCAAAGGAACCACUAACGCCGGCGGAAGCAGCAGCAGUGGACCUGGACGUGGCUCAAACGGAGGUGGUCGAGGAGGCGGUCGCGGAGGCGGACGAGGAGGGCGCACUGGGGAACGCGGCAGACGUGGAGCAACUACUCCAUCCACAAGUGGGUUUCCCCCGUGCCAGUACGUCAUUCGUCAAGGCCCCAACAAAGUACUCCGUGUCCUCCUCCUCCCCUCAGCCCUUUGAGUUCAUCCUUGACAGCGGAGCCACACACACGGUCCUUCGUGAUGCAGGCACGCUCUUCCCCCUCUCCACCCCCUCCACAAUCUAUGGGGCUGACUCAAGCUUUGCUAUACAAAGCCGUUACACCUCCACACUCCCCUGUCCCCUCUUUCCCUCAGGUACCGUCACAGGUCUCAAUAUCCCCUCCUUUCGUAACAACCUGUUAUCCCUUGGUGCCCUUUCAACAGCAGGUGUCACCACCUUAUUCCCUGGUCACGCAGCAUAUUGUGACUUAUUUCACACCUCCUCCGGACGCUUCCUCUGCCGUGUCCAUCGGUGCCCCUCCACCCACAUGUACACCUUCCGCAUCCCCCGUCCCACGCUUCACCAACUCUCCACAGCCCAUCCCCCCGCCCCUUCCCCUCCUCUCGAACCUCCCGCCCCCCCUCCCCCCUUCCCCCUCCCCCUCCCCCUCCCCCUCCCCCUCCCCCUCCCCCAACUCACCCUCCCCCUCUCCUCCGGCGACAUCCUUAACCCACCCCCCCCCUCCCCCUCCCACUCCACUACCUCACCUUCCGCUGCAACUCACCUCCCUCCUCCUCCUCCCCCUCCUCCACCUCCCCCGCCCCCUUCCCCUCCAUCCCCCCUCCCCUCCUCUAAUCCGCCCCCCCCCCCUCCGCCUCCCCCCCCUCUUCCCCAACGCCCCUCCCCUACCCUUGUCCUUCCCCGCUAUCCCAACACCCGCUCCCUGGACCCCAUCUUUGGUUCCCCACAGACUUCCCCCCCCUCCCUCCUCGCCCUCACCAGUACUUCCCUCCCCCCCCGCUUCAGCCCCCUCACUCCAGAUCCACUGCGCAACCGCUCCACACUCUUGACAGCACCACCGCGCAGCCGAGCAGCAGCACUUCCAUGUAGCAGACUCGACCUUCAGCGCAGCUGUCUUGCAUCUUCACCACCCCCUCUUCCUCCUCCUCUCUCUCCUCUCCUCUAUGAAGACACCCACGACGAACUCCUCUUCCUCCACCUCCUCGCGCCCUCCAUCGCCCCCAUCGUCCGCACCAUGGCAGGCACUCCAAGCUUGUCGGGGCCCUGA